UGGGAGUUGCAAAGGAGCGUUUCGGUGCUCCCCUCUUAUAACCCUGUUCAGACUCUCCAAACCCACAUUUUCUGUCAGUCUAACAGAUCCAUUUAUUCGCAACCUGUCUCUCUCUCUCUCUUCCUUUUUCAAUUGAGAGUGUCCCCAGGAAAAAUUUGCAGGGUACUUGAAAAAAUGGACUUAAAGUACAGCAAGGUGGAAGGAGAGCUUGGCAGAAAGGUGGACGACCUUUUUGGCGACGAUUCAGCUCUCAUGGAAGUGCAACCAGGCAAUAUUCUGGUGCCUCCGAAAUUUCAAAAGUUUGCUGACCGAUUACUCAACAUGGAGGUGCGACCCGACGAUGUUUGGCUUGUGGCCUACCCUCGCACAGGCAGUUCUUGGACGCAGGAGAUGAUCUGGUGCAUAGGAAAUGACUUAAACUUUCAAAGGGCUUCUAAGUUGAUUUACCUUCGUGCGCCGGUGUUUGAGUUUACCAGCAUGUUUAGCAAAGACAGCUCUGGUAUCACCAGUUUGAUUGGUGAAACGAUUGAUUUAGUGGAGAGGAUGCCAUCACCACGGUUCAUCAAGUCAUACCUGCCGAGAGAACUGCUGCCGCGCCAGCUUGAGGUUGUUAAACCGAAAAUUAUUUACGUGUACCGUGACCCUAAAGAAGUCGCACCUUCUUACUAUGAUUUUUGCCGCCUUGUUCACGAUCUUGACGGGCCGUUUGAAGAUUUCUGUGAACUCUUCCUCAACUCAAAGGUGCCAAUGGGACCUUUCUGGAAACACGUUCUUGGCUUUUGGAAGAUGAGGGAUGAGCCAAACGUGCUAUUCCUUCGCUAUGAAGACAUUGCCAAGGACCGUGGGCGUGCCAUUGACAUCGUCGCUGAAUUCAUGGAGAAGUCCAUCAGUCCAGAGGGCAGAGAAGCACUCUUGGAUCACAUAAGCGAGGAAAAGGUCAAAACCAACCACACACUCAGCAUCCGGCCAAUGCUGGAACUUAGGAAGUCCAUGCUCCCCCGCUCACGCAGCAACUCCAAUGGCUCGUCGAGUGGCUCCGAAUCUAGCUUUAAUUUGAAACCUGGCAAUUUCGAGGCGAGACUCACCGAAGACAUGGCAAAGAGAUUUGACAAGUGGGCCGAAGAAAAUCUCUCGGGGACUGGGUUGUCACUCAUUUAAACCUGCAGUCAUUGGCAGAAUUUGCCAAUUAAAUUUAUACUUUUGAAAGCCAGAUACCCUAAACGCUGAACAUUGUUUUUUUAUUGCUGGUUCCUUUGGUCAGUUAGAUCUUGCAACUGAUUUUUCGUCAAUCCAGCAGCUUACUUAAAGAUAUUUUUAUCCAGGUUAAAUUGACGGUCUCCUGUUAUUGAAUAUUUAUAUCACAUACUGUGUUAAAUAGUUAUAAUUUCACUAACCCAUCAUAACUGAACCAUUUUUAAUUGUUUAUACCUAACUUUUAUGCUUGAUGCAUUUAAAAACUAAUUUGUUAUAAAUUGUUUGCUUUGUUGUUCAAUGCAAUAAAAUGCUUUUGAUGA